GUAUUAAACUGUAAUUUAUUUCUGUGAUGCGCAGCUGUAUUUUCAGCAUCAUUACUGCAGUCUUCAGCGUCACAUGAUCUUCAGAAAUCAUUCUAAUAUGCUGAUUUGCUGCUCAACAAACAUUUCUGAUUAUUAUCAAUGUUGAAAACAGUCGUGCUGCACAAUAUUUUUGUGGAAACUGUGAUACAUUUUAUUUUUCAGGAUUCACAGAUGAAUAGAAAGUUCAAAAGAACAGCAUUUAUUUGAAACAGAAAUCUACUGUAACAUUAGAAAUGUCUUUACUGACACUUUUGAUCAAUUUAAUGCAUCCUUGAUAAAUAAAAGUAUUAAUUUCUUUAAAUCUUACCCACAGCAGUAGUGUAUAUUUGAAAGAACUAUUUAUAUGGUAUCUCAAAAAGCUUCUAAGAAUGCUAUGAAAUGCGUUCAGAAAGCAUAGUAAUAAUACGAUCCUCACUGUUUCUUUUUCUGUUUUAACCCCAAAAAUAAAAGAAGUGAUUAAAUGUUAAAUGGUUGUGGUUAAAUGCACGCUGUGAAAAUGAUUUUCAAAGUAGUAAAAUAAAGAGUAUCGGAGUAUAAAAGAAAAUACUGUUUUGUUUUUUCUAACUUUGAUUCAGUGUUUGUUGCUGCUGCUUUGUGAUCAUCUGUGAGCUUUUCCAGCAGUCUGAGUGACGCCGAGCCUGAGCCGAUGUUUGUGAGGGAUUCGUCUGUGACGAGGCGGAUCGAUGGCGUGCGCUGGACGUCCCAUCAGAGGCUUUAAUGCAGCGGAGCGUCCGGCGUGUGUCCAGUUCAGUCCCAGCACACACUCGCAGCAUCAUGAAGCAUCACUGCGCCAUCAAACACAGCAUCUUCAAAGAGUUCCUGGCCGAGUUCCUCGGGACCUUCGUGCUGGUGCUGUUCGGCUGCGGCUCGGUCGCUCAGACGGUGUUGAGCAGAAACACUCUCGGUGAACCGCUGACCGUCCACAUCGGCUUCAGCACCGGACUCAUGAUGGGCGUCUAUGUGUCCGGCGGCGUGUCGGGCGGUCACCUGAACCCCGCUGUGUCUCUGGCGAUGGUCAUCCUGGGGAAGCUGAAGAUCUGGAAGUUUCCCAUCUAUGUCACAGCGCAGAUGUUGGGCGCGUUUGUGGGAGCAGCUGCAGUCUUUGGAUUGUAUUACGAUGCCUUCAUGGACUUCACCAGCGGGAUCCUGUCGGUCACAGGAAUUAACGCCACAGGACACAUCUUCGCCUCGUACCCUGGCAGACACCUGACAGUCCUGGGCGGAUUUGUGGAUCAGGUGGUGGGGACAGGAAUGCUGGUCCUGUGUAUUCUGGCGGUUGUGGACGGCAGGAACAUCGGUGCUCCUCGAGGCGUGGAGCCGCUGGCCGUGGGUCUGAUCCUGCUGGGCAUCAGCGUCUCUAUGGGACUGAACUGCGGUUACCCUCUGAACCCCGCCAGAGACCUGGGCCCUCGCCUCUUCACCGCCGCCGCCGGAUGGGGCAUGGAGGUCUUCAGCACUGCAGAUUACUGGUGGUGGAUCCCUGUUGCCGGGCCGUUGGUAGGGGGCGUCGCUGGUGCUGUGAUCUACUUCCUGUUGAUCGAGCUUCAUCACACCAACCACAUUGACAAACCUCACGAAGAACCCGAGGAAGAGGAGGAUGAGGAGGAAGACGAGGACAGCAGCCUGAAGGACAAAUACGAGAUGAUCAACAUGAGCUAGAAACCCGAGAUCAGUAGAGUUCCUGUCGUGAAGUAAAGCCGGUAAACUCAUUUCCACACGCUGUUUACAUGAGUAAACUCAUCAGUGACACCAGCAGACCUCCAUCCACCUUCACAGCUCAGAUAAUGAACGGGUUUUCACUGAUUGAUCAUGUAAGUGCUUUAACUAAAUACAAGCUUCACAUCUGUAAACCCAUCUUUCCCAUAAUCCCCCACUGCACAUAACAUUUGAUUGUAUUUUGCUGAUGGUUAAUACUAUAUUAUACUGAACCCAGAACAAUCGAUUCAAUGGCUUUUAUACCUUUAAAGUGCUGGAAACGGAACUCUGUUCAGAUUAAAGCAAGAAUCACCAAUCAAAAGCACACCGACUCACUGAUGAUGAAACGACCUGACAAACAUGCUUGUCUGAGCACGCCCAUCAUGUCACAAGCGUCAGUGUAAUGGUUCACGGCAAAGAUUAGCGUUUGUCUGCGAAAGAUUUCCCACUAGAUCACCACUGUUGAGUUUUCAUGUUAAAUUGAAGUUUUAUUUCACCUUGUUGUCAUUCAUAUAUUGUCUGUGGUAUGUAUAGUUUUGUGUUUGUAGAUCAGCCUUCUUUUAUUGACUUGUUUUUGAAAGUCUUUCGUAAAAAGUAGAUCUUUUGUAAUGAUGAAAUCCUGCGACUUCAACUGUAUAUUUGUGUUUUUUGCUGAAAUAAACUGAACUUUUGCUGAA